AUGUGUGCGGACUGCAACUCCAAGAACCCCGACUGGUGCAGUAUCCCCUUUGGUAUCUUCCUCUGCUAUGACUGCAGUUCAGUCCACCGCAACUUGGGCGUCCACAUCUCCUUUGUCCGUUCUUCCGUGUUGGACUCGUGGUCAUGGGAUCAGCUCCGUACGAUGAAGGUUGGAGGCAAUGCGGCAUUGAAUGAGUUCUUCAGCAAGUCGCCGUUGAGCAGCAGCAAGGACGCCAAGACAAAGUAUACCUCCAAGGUUGCCGUUACGUACAAGGAGAAGCUGGAGCAGCGCAAGGUUGAGGAUGCAGCCAGCAACCCUGGCCGUAUGAUCCCAGAGGCAGCCAAGCCCGCCGCCGCCACUGCUGCCGACGAGGACGACUUCUUCAACACCUGGAACGAGCCCAAGAAGCCUACAUCUGGAACGUCGACCCCAACAUCUUCCUCCACUCCUCCUCCAGUCUUGGGUAUGGCUGGAACUGCUUCUCCUCGCGCCGGAUUGGUCCGUCCCGCACGUUCGACCUUGACCCCCAAGAAGACAACCCUCGGAGCCACCAAGCCCAUGAAGCUCGGUGUCAAGAAGGUUGCUGGUGUCAGCUUUGAGGAGGCUGAGGCCAGAGCCAAGGCUGAGGCUGAUCGCAUUGCCACCCUGGGUGCUGAGGCUGCCGAGCAGGAGAGGUUGGAGAAGAAGGCUGCUGCCGAAAGAGCUUCACAAAGAGUUGCUGAUCAGGAAAACGCCAGAAACCAGCCCAAGACUGCACCACAACUUACCAACUACUACCAGGCCAACGGUGCAGGAAACGCCAACACCAGGGCUAACGAGGAUGGUCUUGCUCGUCUUGGCAUGGGAAUGGGUCGUAUGGGAUUCGGAGCUGCCCCCAGCGCACGCCCCGCCAACACUUACGCACCACAAGUUGAAUCUACGACCGCUCGUGACAAGUUUAGUGGACAGAAGGCCAUCUCCUCUGACCAGUACUUUGGUCGCAACAAUUACGAUUCCAAGGCCCAGUCCGAGGCUAACCAGCGCCUCCAAUCAUUCUCAGGAGCUACGUCUAUCAGCAGCAGCCAAUACUUUGGCCGUGACGAGUCUGCACCUCAAGAUGAAGAAGUUGAUCAACUUAGCGCUGACUUUGCUGCCAUUGGAAACGCAGUGAUGAAGGGAGCAGAUCUUCUCAACGACAUGCUGAACGACAUGUCCUCACACUACAAUUACUAA